UUACAAAUAGAAUUUCACUCUAGCUAAAGUUUUGCUGGAAAAAAGUUUAUACGAUCAACGUUGACAUCAAACUAAGUUUCACACAUAUUGGUACAGCAUUAAUUAUGGAAAGGCCUGUUCGGACACGGGUCGAGGUGAAAAAUGUCCCUCCAGGCAUUAAUGAUUUCAAGUUAAAAACUCAGCUCAAGCAAUCAGUAGGAAACGAUUCAAUUAACAUUAAUGCAAAGAAAGAUGACGAUGGGAAAAAAGUUUUCGAAAUCAUGUUUCCUAAUUUACAAGAUGCAACUGCCUUUGUUGAAAAAGGCGUGAGAGUAACAUUCGGUGGCAAAACACAUCUACUUAUGUGUUGUGUGCUUCAGGAUGGUCGGGCCCAAGAAGAGCAAGCAAGAUCAAUGGAACCUGAUAUUGUGGUGAGUGAUGCCAAUGCACCUUACACAUGGUCUUCCUUGGUAGAACAAUAUGGAAGAAUGCCGAUAGCUCCUGGUACAAAGUGUGUUGUACUUGCCAAAUCAACCGAAGCAAGAGACAAACAUGUUCUUAAACUCUACUUUGAAAAUAAAAAGCGUUCAGGAGGUGACAAGAUCAAAAACAUGAUAAGAAUGGUGGAUGGAAUGCUCAUACAAUAUGAGGAUGAUGCAGUGGCAGAAAAGGUGGCGGAGAAAAAGCAAAGUUUAAGCGAUAAAAGCAUGCCCACUCACCUUCGUACUGUUCCUGGUUUGAGCACAAACAAAGUUAUACUUGAGAAUGUUCCAGAGGGCACCAUGCAAGACACAGUAAUGUUGUUUUUGGAAAAUUGUGACAAACCACGUGAAAGAGGUCCACAGCAUAUUAUUAAAGGUCACAAAGAUGGGCAGUAUAUGGUUGUGUAUUCUGAAUCAAUGGAUUUACAGAAAUUGACAGGAAAUAUUGAACAAGAAAAGUUAAACGAACAAUAUAUAAAGACAAAGCUUGUAACAAGCACCAACUGCAUUCAAAUUCGCGGAAAUAUAAAAUCCCUGAGUAAUGAUGCAAUUCGACUGAACAUGGAGAGUUUUAAACGAUCAAAAGGUGGAGAAGUGACCCUUGUUCAAAGAUGUGGGGACAAAGUGGCUCUUAUACAUUUUGCAGAGUGCUAUGUUGCCGAACGUGUUGUGCAAACUUGGUCAGAAAAAGAUUUUGUGAUCAACAAAAUUCCCACCAAAGUUGGAUUUUACUACCACUGUCUUUUUAAUGACCACCUGAAUCUAAAACCUGAUGUGUUUUCACCAAAUAAGGAAACCAAGCCAACACCUACACCUACACCAGCACUUUCAGUUCCAGCAAAACUGAAUCCCCAAAACAUGGAACAGAAUAAGUCGAUCACCUUUAUCCCAAAACUACCAGAAGCCAUGGAUUUCAUAAAAAACAGUCAACCUCAUUAUUCAAGCUUUGAAAAUAUGUUUGACAAGUUUGCAGAUGUAAAAUGCCAGUUUAAUAAACAACAGAAGCUUACUGGGAUUGUUGUGACACCUAAACCUAACCAGAUGAUUCCAGCCAAUGAAUUUGAGAAAGAAUGCCGGCGAAAGUUGGAAAACUUUUUUGAUAGUUUUGCCAUGGAAGACAUGAUAUUUGAUGCUCAAAAAUUGUCCCAAUUAAGAGAAAGGAACAACUGGAGAAGUGAUGAAGAAUUUAUUGAACUGCCAAGCGAGGAAGGCACAGUUAGUGUCUUUAUAAGAUGGAAAUCUGGUCGUCUGCAAAUGAUUGGUGUUGCUAAUGAUGUGAAGAGAGCACAGCAAAUAUUACACAGCCUAACUAAAGUAAAAUCACAGACCCAGAAGUUUAAACAAAGAGACUUUCGAAAACUAAUGGAAACUGGUUGCCUUGAAAAGAUUGCUUCCGAGCAGAAAGGAAAAGUCAAGGUCAAAGCAAUAAAAGCAGCACAUACUUUGGAGUACAUUGGUCCAAUUGAGCAUUUACAACCUGCUAUAACUGACACACUAAUGCAGCUACAAUCUUUGGAAGAAAAGAAGGUUAAAGACAUCAGAGAUAUGGAACGAAAAUAUCUUGAAGCGGAACUUAACAGGGAACUUUUAGAAUCAGAAUCUGGAAUGAAUAUACGAGCUAUCAUACAAGCCAAAUUUGAAGAAAAGGGUGUAGGAGCAUCCCUGCACUUGAAAGAUGAUGACAUUGUGUUGUAUUAUCAUAAGGAGGAGUGUUACAAAGAUGCAGUUGCCAUUGUCAAGAAACUAAUAACAAGUACUCAGAUUUCAGUUGAUCGACCUACUCAGAUAAAUGCACUGAGCACUACUGAAUGGAAAAACCAACAGCAACAACUUUGUGCAAUGGGAUCUAGACGAAUUUUUCUGGAUAAACAAGCAAAAGUGGUGACAAUAUCUGGAUUAACAGCAAAUGUCAAUGAAGGAAAACUAAAAUUUUUGGAUUUUCUUGAAAACAAUGAAUUGCGGACAGUUACGAUUGAAGCCUCCCAUCUGGCUCAAAGAUAUUUUAUUGAGUUUGAUAAAGACACCCAGCACAAAAUCUUAGGAAUGGAUACAAAGUUUCAAAAAUCUGAAGCAACUGACAUUUGUUUAGAAGGAAAGAAGAGUGGUGUAACAGAAGCCAAAAAAAUGAUCUCUAAGCAACUAGAAAAGUAUGUUGAGUUAAAAUGGAACAUUCAUGAUCCUGGGAUGCCAGAACACUUCAGAAGUCAACAGGGAAAAAGAUUUUUAAGAGACACCGAACGAAAAACUAGCUGUGUGAUUGAAACCAACCCUGAACCAGUAAAGCAUGAAAAAGAAAACGACAACACUGAUAAAGAAGCUGCUUCACCGAUCAAGCCAAUGAUUUCAGUUCAAGUUCCUAACUGCAGAGCAACCAUCAAUGUUUUGAAAACUGACAUUACAAAACAUAAAUGUGAUGCAAUCAUGAAUGCUUCCAACCCUCAACUAGACCUUCUUCCUGGAGGUAUCUCUGGCGCAAUUCAGAAAAUAGGAGGAGAAAAGAUACAGCAAGAGAUGCACGCAGUGAUUGGAAACCAAGGAAAAUUGUUUCCUGGUGAUGCAGCAAUUACUGGAGCGGGAAAAUUAAAAAGCUGCAAUUUCAUUAUCCAUGCUGUAGGCCCAAGGUGGUCUGACCAUAGUCACAGCAUGUGUUGCAGUUAUCUUCAGUCAUGCAUCAACUAUUCCAUGGAAGAGGCGGAAAAACAACAACUUAAUUCAAUUGCCAUACCUGCAAUAAGUUGUGGUGUGUUUGGUGGAGAUCCAUCUGUUUGCAUUCCACUCAUUGUCAACACAGUUCUGGAUUAUUUUACACAAAACAGAAAUAGCAGCAUCAACCAGGUGGAUUUUGUUGAAAUGACAUCAGAUUCCAUUCUAAAAGACUUUGUUAAUGCACUUGGUGCAUUAAAAGUAGUCGAAGACGAACAAAGCGCAAUUCUUAAAGUUUCCCCUGUAAAAAAUCAAGUGGUGGUAGUGCAAAAAGAAGCCAUCAGUCAAAGUGACACACUCACACUUGGGAGUAUUUCCAUCUCGGUGAGCCAAGGGGACCUUACACGUGACAACUCUGAUGCGAUAGUUAACAGUACUAAUCCGCAUUUUGAUUUAACUCAGGGUAUGGUGUCCAAAGCCAUACUUAAAAAUGGAGGGCAAUCAAUACUUCAUGAGUGCAGAAACCAGCAAGGACAUUGGAAUACACCAACACUUCGCGUAACUUCUGGAGGAAAUCUGCCAUGCCGUUAUGUUUUUCAUAUUGUUACGCCUAAUGAUAUAAAGCAGAUUGCUACAGUUUUACUGGAAGUGUUUAAAACAGCGGAUAUGCUAGGGCUAGCCACACUAGCCAUUCCUGCCCUUGGUACAGGAAAUCUACGUAUUGGAGGUACGAAAGUUGCACAGUGUAUCCGUGGUGCCAUCAAAGAAUAUGUGGAUUCAAACACUCCAGCAAACUUGAACACAAUUAAAGUAGUGAUCUUUCAACAGAGCAUGGUAGCUGAGUUUCGUAAAGGUCUGUUUGCUGAUGUAAAACAAAGGGGGGGAUUAAAAGGUUUGUUGGGAAAUAUGUGGAGUGCAUUUACUGGGGUGGAACCCGAAGAACAAAUGGCUGAACUUGAUCCAAAGAAACAGAUAUCAUUUUUCUUUUGUUCGGAUAAAAGGUCUAACGUAGAAGAGGCAAAAAGAGAAAUAAUUGCUCAUGUCAAAGAUAACUCUGCGAGCCAACCACUGGAAGAUGAAGCAAUUGCACGUCUUGAAGAUGAAGAUAAAAAAGAGAUUAUGGCACUUGAACACAAAUUCAACGUGGAAAUUAAGGAUGUCAGCAACGCGUAUAUAAAAAGAUAUGUAAUUAAAGGUAUGGAAAAGAAUGUUCUCAAUGCAAAACAUGCAGGACUUGAGAUUAUCAGAGCUUUUAAAGAAGGGGAGACUUGCUCAAGAUAUGUGUCAUGGGAGUAUGUGGACCCUAGUACCAAAACUAUUAUCAAAUUCAGCAACCGAAACAAUGCUGCUCUAGAAAAAGCAUAUGGGUUGGACAAAACUGGAAAAAAAACUGUAAUGACACGAGAUGGGCAACAAAUUCAAGUCGAUUUUUCAAACUAUACAGCUGAAUAUGUUCAAUCAAAAGCAGGAACCGAGGUUACAAGAAGAGAAAAAAAUGAUGAUGUGCCAAGCAAUUGGGAGCCUAUGAAGGAUGAAGGAAUGAUUAAAGUUCUCAUAAAACCUGGUACAGUAGAGUACAAUCGGGUUAUGAGCAAAUUCAAUGCAAGUGGACCAUUUUUGUUUGCCCACCGUCAACAAUUGCCACCACGAGUAGUUUCUUUGGAGAGGAUUCAGCACAAGUCACAGUACAAGCAAUUUGUUGCAAAGAAAAAUGAAGUGGAAUCACGAAUGAAGAAAGACAACGUUCAAAUGGAAGUUGUAAAGGAACUGUUUCAUGGAACACAGUUCGAUGUUUCAGAAAAAAUUUAUGUGCAAGGAUUUGAUCGAAACUUUGCUGGGGCAAAUGCCACUGUUUAUGGAAAAGGGGUGUACUUUGCUUUAAAUGCAACUUACUCGAGUAGAUAUGCAGCACCAAACCCCAACAUGGGAAAUCAGUGCAAAAUGUUUCUUGCUGAUGUAGUAACGGGAGAAUAUUGUCUGGGAAAUCAAAACCUAAUUGCUCCUCCACCACGGCAAACUGCUUCCAAUAAAUCCCAGCUCUAUGACAGUGUUGUUGAUAACAUGGCCUCUCCAACAAUAUAUGUAGUUUUCAAAGAUGCUAGUGCUUAUCCAAAGUAUCUUCUUACUUACACUUCAUAAACUAAUAACACCUACAUCUGUAACUAUAAUAGAGCACUAAUGUUACAUUGAAAUAUGCUAAAUCUUUCUUACUGGAAUACCUUUUAAGAAAACAUGCAAGCCUAGUUAAUAAAAUGUUAAAUUAUUCUGUGAAAAAAUGCAUCCACAUAUUGUACUGUAAAAUGAAACUAAAGGUAAUGGGGCGUUGGUAAGUAAGCUAGUUGAAUAACACUUUCACAAAAAAUUGUUGUAUAUACAAGGAAUGAUUGUUAUUUUAAAAUGUGAUCCAAUUUUAUAUGUUCUCCUUUAGUAGUUAAGAGCUUUUAUGUACUGUAAUCAGCUUCGCCAAUAAACGCUUUUAUGUACAUUAA